GAAUUGUAACGUAAAAUGUAUUUUUCCUUUACCCAUAAAAUUGUAAGACAUGAUUAGAAUUAACAAUGUGCGUGUUUGUUAUUGUAUUAAGUGCAGAGUCCUGUUAAUGAGAACUGUGGUGUGAAUGGAAAGUAGAAAUGGCUCGGUUCGGAGGGCAGGAUGUCGAUGGGUUUGCUGAUGGCAAGACAGACAAAAACGGCACAUCCUUAAGACCUGUUUGUGAAUACGUAAGCGUACUUUUGCCUAGAGAACAAGAUGGAAAAUACCUACUGACGCAGUACGAUGAUCGAGGGUGGUGGUUACCGUCAGAUUGCAAGGAUGAAAGAGAAUCCUUUAAGGAUGCAGCACAAAAAUUUGCAACACAGUUGGCUGGUACUGAAGUCGGUCUUCAAGGCAUUCUGAAAAGUCAUAUUGUCCGGUUGAAGGAAUCCCUCAGGCUUGAUAUUACCUUUUUGGCUCAUCCCAUCAAUUGGAAGGACACGGGAAUUAAUGAUGGCAAUAGGAUAUGGGUUUCUCUGAGUGAAUUGAAGAAAGCAGUGGAAGCAGGGGUGGAACCUACUCUACUGGGCAGGGAACCAAUAGAGCUUAUGAGUCAAGUAGAAAAGGGCAGUUGUAUUGUUCCAUUGUCAUUUCUAAGUGAACACAUGGCAGAUUGUACUGAAAGUUCUGUGGAUAACCAUGAUUCUCCACAAAAACAAUUACUCAAGGCUGCUAAACUGGGCAAAGAAGAAAUAGAAAUUCUGUUCCAAGAAUUUUGUAUGCAAUGUUCUCCCAGCUUAAUGAUGAAUGAGACAGUAUUUAAGAAGUAUUUACUCAGCAAAGGAGCCAAAGAAGAAGACCUUACAGAUUAUUUCAGGGCCUUUGAUGUGCACCACAGAAAAAUGUUAACUUUUAAAGAAGUGUUAUUAGGCUUGGCAUCUCUAGACCCUGUAACACAACAUGGUGGCACACCAGCAGAGAUGAGAUGUCGGUACAUGUUCAGGUUUUAUGAUAAAAAUGGAGAUGGUUAUCUACAGUUUGACGAAUUCAAAAAAAUAGUGCUUGACAUAAGAUAUAGCAAAGGGCAGACAAUGAGUGAAAAAGAAGUUGAGAAUGAAGCCAUAGAAAAUGCCAAAGUAUUUGGGAAAGAAACCAAAGAAAAACUCCCUCUAACAGAUUUUUUGACUGCGGUAGGUCAACUCAAGUUCAGAGGUACUUCAUCUCUGUUCAGGCUACCAAAUUCCUGUAUACCAAGGAAUAAGAGGAAAAGAGCCACUCCAAAGAAGAAUGAGGAUGGUCUCAGCCCACCUAAUAAUAAAAGGUCAAGGUCUGACAUCCUGAACACCACAGAUAAUUUCAACACAAGGAGCAGUUCUCCAGACAAGGCUGAUGAUGCAGAAGACAUCCCAAUAUUUGCUUCCCCUUUAACCCCAGGCCCCUUGUCUGUGGACUCCAAAUAUGAGUUGGCAACACACACAGUUAAAGUACGCAGGACUGGAACUCUUUUGGAUGUCAGUGCAUUGUGGGAUUUGCAAGGUACAUCAACAGGUAUAGCAGAUGUAGAUCUCACAGCAGAACGAACAAGGUUUCACAGAAUGCCUUCAUUAGAUUCCUUUAACCAGAAGUCUCACUCCAAUGAAAUGCUAACUGGACUGAGGUAUUUUGAAAGAACAAUCAAGGCAACCAAUGGAGGUCAAGCAAAGGCGGCUUUUGACUGGGGACAAGUAGACAAAAAUGCUCUUGCUAAAUGUUUACUGGCAUUAUGUAGACAAGCUAAAGUGACCUUGGCAGCAGAACCAAGAUUACUGCGACUCAAGUCACCAACUUACAUUCUAGGAGAUAUCCAUGGCAAUUACAGAGACUUGGUAUGUUUUGAGAAGGUUUUAUGGCGUAUGGGACCCAUGCUUACUCCUUCAACAUUUUUAUUUCUUGGAGACUAUGUAGACAGAGGAGAGUUCGGGGUAGAGGUUGUGGCAUACCUGCUGGCACAGAAAUUGCUGGGUCCUAGCAAGUUCUACUUGUUACGCGGCAACCAUGAACUCAGAUCUGUGCAGCAAAUGUUUCAGUUUAAAAAUGAAUGCAUCACCAAAUUUGGUGACAAUGUUGGUGUCCAGGUGUGGGAAGCAGUCAAUGACUGCUUUGAUGCUAUGCCUGUGGCAGCAACAGUAGACAAUAAGAUCUUCUGUGUUCAUGGAGGAAUUCCAUCACCAGAGCAUGGUGGAGGAAGCAUUGAAGCAAUUAACAGUGUACCAGUCCCUCUGAGAGACCCAGAAACUGAGAGUCCACUGGCUUGGGACAUUAUGUGGAGUGAUCCUGUACAUUUGGAGAUGACCUCACCUGAAAUUCUACAAAACUUAAAAAAGAACAAAGGUUUCAUUCACAACACACGUAGGGGUACUGCCUACUUCUUCAGUUGUGAGGCACUGAUAGAAUUUCUAGAGAGAAACCAUUUGUCCCAUGUAGUCCGUGCCCACGAAGUGCAGCAGGUUGGAUUCCAGGUUCAGCAAAGGGGAAAGCUGCUGACAGUGUUUUCCUCAUCCAGAUACUGUGGUGGAUCCAAUGAAGCAGCAUGUGUCCUGGCUGACAGUAACAAGCUCAGAAUGAUACGACUAGAUACGACAUGAUGUGGCAUUUGAUGCUGCUUUUACCAUGAUACACAUCUCCUGUUAACUUUAAAGAUAUUAAGUCGCCAAGUUGGAUUGAAGUAAUGUAAUACAAGCAAGUAAUCCUUGUAGACUGAACUACUUGGGUACAAGGAUGGCAUUGCCAUUUUUUGGAUUUACUGGUAAAUAAACCAAAUAACUGACAUCUAAGUGUGCGCAAAAUGUGAUGUGAUGCAAAACCCAUAAAAGAAGAAUUCAGUAACUGAUGUAUGGGGAUUAAAUGGCUGUGAUCUUGGCUUGGCAAGCUCAUGUGGUUGAAAGUGUGUUACCAUUUGCGAAGGUUUUGAAAGUUUUAAAUUUCAGAACAAGAAUUUUGAUAGCCAGGUUGACUGGGCAGGUCCCAAGAUGACUUUUGAUUUUUUUCUUUUAAUAAAUAAGGCAAUUCGAGCAAAAAUCUUUCAUGAAAUGUUGAUAUUUUAACAAUUUCUCUGUCACUUGUCAAGUAUUUCAUGUAUCUGAGCCUAAAAGAAAAUUUCACUAGCUGCUUGGAAGUGUGUUCUUUGGAUAGUUACUUAUUUACUAUAACAAUCAUCCAAUUCUAUUCAUGAAAAAAUUUCAUAUUUAUUUAUCAUCAGUACCUUUAUGUAAAAUGAUGUCAUUCAGGAGUGAGAAUAUUUUUACUAAAGCACUGUACAUUCCCUCUCACUUGAUUCACACACAUAAUAUCAAUUGUUACACUCAUGAAGUAGUUUUCAGGAUUUCAGAAAACUCAGAUGUCUUUAUGUGGAAUGAUGAAGAGCAAAAAUAUUUACUGUUUGCUAAAAAAUUCAUCAGUUGUGAGUUGCUAUUGUCAUCUUUUAAUAAUAAAUUUUUUUCUUCAUUUUCAA